AUGCAAGACGAUUCACGCACUGAUCUGGUGGGAUUAUUGACGGGACCGAACCAGAGUGUGUCCGAAGACACCAUCGCCAACUUUUUAUCCAGUCGAUACAAGCGCAAUCAAGUGUAUACCCGGGCCGGCCAUUCAAAUUUAAUUGUCAUCAACCCCUACCAACCUUUGGAGGCUGUGAACGAUGCGACUCUGCAAACGUAUGCCGAUGUGGGUUACAGAGAUGUCUCUGAAAACAAGCCUAUGCUUCAACCGCAUGUCUACGAUUUGGCUGCUCGUGCUUAUUUUCAUAUGCGUCGUACCGGUGAAGAUCAAAGUAUUGUACUAAGGUAA